AUGAGAAGAGAUGCUGUGGAGAGAUAUCUGUGAUGCCUAGGUAAUGGCUCCUGCCACUUGACCUAUAGGCUGUGAUGAGAAGUGAAGAGCUGCGUCCUUUCUCCCUGGCUACUAUGGGUUUUGUUAACGCAGAAGAUAUCUCCUCUCUGGUGUUGGGCAGAGGAGCUUCCAUCUAGCUUUCCUGCAUUAACCUGUGUGAGCAGCUGUCAACUUACUGGAGGAAAGAAACUGCCCAGAAAUUUUGAGAUGCUUAAGUAUUUUUAGAUCAAUUAGAC